AUGCGGGAGGAGUCUUCACAUGUCUCGGGUCGGGACUUCAUGCAGUUCGUCCACACACAUAUAAACGCCCUCCCGUCAAGGGUUCGAACAUCUAGAGGGCGAAGGAUUGCUCGUGAGGCGGAGUUGAACUGCGGCGCCGGGUGCGUGGUUAGGGAGACGACGGCUCACACCAUCCAACAAUGUUGGCGGACGCACGGGGGCCGGAUCUUGCGCCAUGACCGUGUAGUGAGUCUAGUAGCAGAAGCGAUGGCCUCAGACCAAUGGUCGGUGGUGACUGAGCCUCAUGUCAAGACCUCGAAAGGUCUUCGGAAGCCUGACAUAGUAGCCGCUAAAGGAGGCGUCGGAGUGAUCGUGGACGUCCAGGUAGUCUCGGGCCAGCGGCCCCUCGAUGAUGCUCACCGUGAGAAACGUAGUAAAUACAGGACUCACGAGGAGCUAGUUCAGAAGGUUGCUGGUAUACUAGGACUACCCAACAAGGAUUGCGUCCAUGCGACCUCUUGUACGAUCUCCUGGAGAGGUGUUUGGAGUCACUCCUUGUUCAGAUCACUGAACGAUAUUUAA